AAAUAAAAGAAUACUAAAUUUUUCUUUUUGUUACUAUACAAUCAAAAUUGAGUAUUGCAAUUACCAAUUUCUCAGUUAUUCCCUCUUCAUAAAAUACGUACUCAUCGCUUAUUUUUACUAGAGAAACAAGUCACGUUGUUUUAAUACUUCUGCCCUAAUUUCUUACAAAAUUCCAAGAGCCAAUCGGUCAACUCAAUCACAGCCUCAUUGGUAGCCUUCAUCGGCGGGGCAAGCCCUUGAGCAUUGAAUGCCUCAUCACAGUAGCCGACGUUGGAGAUGACCGCACUAAGCAUGGUCUUAACUUCGCUGGUGUUCUUGGGAGAGCACUUGGGGGUUGAACGAAUGCACUUUGCACACGUGGCAGAUGCCUUAUCGAGGUUCCCUAUGGCCUUAUCAUAAUUCUCAAGGCACACAUCCAAGACACCACUGGCGGCGUUGCCUUGCUGCCUCACCUUGGUGGCGGAAGAGAUCCCUUCUUGCACUAGGGUCUUGAGCGUUCCGAUCUCGGUGUUGAUGAUCUCCGCCGGAUCGUCGGAGCGAGAAUCCCGGAAGAACUCCAUGCACUUGGAGGGGUUCUCGGUCCCCGAGCAGAGCUCCUUGACCAUGUCUGUUGCCUUGGUUAUGGAGUUCUCUUGCAUCUUGCGCUCGAAUUUGGUGGAGAACAUCGUAGGGAAUGAAGGAAACGAUGCAUCUGGUGAGGGGGAUGGAGCAGUGGUGGGGGAGGAAGAGGCAUCGUCAAUGGCGAUGGAAGGAUCAGCGGUGGAUGUUGGAGAAGAUGAGCUUGUCGUGGUGAGGUCACUAGAGACGCUACCUGAGGGAGGCGAAAAGUCAGCUUCGUCAGAAGGUGACAUGGCAGGACUCCCAUCCGCAGAGGAUGAUGAUGAUAAGGAUGGGGAGGCUGAUGAGUCGUCGGUGGAGGAGGAAGAAGGAGAAGGAGCCAUGUCUUGGGAUAUGGAGAUGGAGAGAAGA